AUGCAAAGUUUUACUCGUUCCGGCUCUUGCCUGCUCAUCGUUCUUGUUGUCCUUACCUGGACGUCGCAUUUAGUGCAAGGCAUAGUCCAUGUUACUGUCAAUCGUUUCCAAGAUAACGCAAAAGUAACUUGGAAUGUUGAAAAACUGGUAGCUCAUCCUGGUGUAGCCAUCGCGAUUAAAUAUCGCCCAAUCAAUUCAAAAAAUCAAUGGCUAAGUUACAAAUCGGACAUUAAAACUGUACAAGGAUCUGCAACCGUAUCUAGGCUUAAUCCUCAUAUACGAUAUACUUAUGAAAUAGCUGUUUAUGAAGACAACUUAUUGUACGCCCAUAAAGUCGUCUCUCAGGAAGCUUGCACUAAUGGAUGGUCUUGGUACAACGGAAACUGCUUUGGUUACCUCAGCAACCAACUUGCAUCAUGGCAGGAUGCAAGAAAAUCUUGUCAAAGUUAUCGUGGUGACUUAGCUACCGUUUCAAAUCAAACUAUUAUGAAUGUUAUAAACAAUUUUUCCGUCAAGAGGCAUGCCUGGAUUGGUCUCAGGCGCCAGAACGGCAAAUUUCAAUGGGUAAAUGGAGUUAGUUACAAUUAUUCUUACUGGGAUGCUGGACAACCUAUUUCUAGAGGAAGAGAUUGUGUAGCUUUAAACCCCGUCAACCCGAAUAAAGGAUAUAAUUGGAUAACUCAACUAUGUAGCUAUUCCUAUGCUUAUAUCUGCCAAGCGCCAGAAAUGGCUUCAAAUCAACCAAACAGAAGUUACACAUUAUUAAUAAUUGUAGUUGUAUCUACUGUAGCGGUUCUUGGUAUAAUCAUUUUAUGGCUAGCGUAUGCACGAAAAUAUCCAAAUUCCGUGUCAGGUCAAGGUCUGGCAAAGUGUCAAGCUAUGUGCGGCAAUAUGUGUAGAAAGUCCCCCGAUUACGGAAAUUCUACCGUCAAGAUCACACGCCUGGACGAUGAAGCUGCGUAG